UGGCGGUCGCCUAGCUACGCCUUCAACAACCUGCUGUCGGGGGGAAGCUAACAAGCUAGCUCAGUGAAACAGUUUGGAUUUUGUUCUUCUUUUACAAACUGUCCACAAACACAUGUCGCUGUGAGAACAAUGGACCGAGAACUGAACGACGAGGAGCUGCAGGAUUUCUACGCAUGGAUAGAUAAAAUACCUUUGUCCCGGCCCAAAAGAAACAUCACACGAGACUUCAGCGACGGAGUGAUGGCUGCAGAGGUUGUAAAAUAUUUCUUCCCAAAGCUUGUUGACCUGCACAACUAUAUUCCUGCAAACUCCACACCGCAGAAGCUCAGUAACUGGAACCUUCUCAACAGGAAGGUGUUUUCCAAGCUGAACUUUCAUGUGCCUGAGGAGACAAUGAAGAGGAUUGUACUGAGCACCGCAGGAGCGAUAGAGCCUGUGCUGACUGCCCUCCGGGAGAAGAUAGAUAAGAAAUUGGAGCACACUACAGAGAAUAUACUGGAUUUGGAAUACUACGACACCAGGGACCGAGAGAAACCUCAUACGGAAAUUUGUCAGACCGAAGCGAAACUUCUGGCUCAGCUGGCAGGAGAAGAGAUGAAAAAAGAUGAAAAGAGCAGACUCAAAAACGGUAAACCUCAGCACACAGCACAGUUUUACUCAGACAUGGAUCCUACUUUCCGACUAAUCCUGCAGGAAAAAGAUCAAGCUGUCAUGGCUUUGCAGGAGACUGUGGAGAUCCUGCAGAUGAAAGUGAACAGGUUAGAGCAUCUGGUUCAUCUGAAGGACAUGCGGAUUGAAGAUCUGAUGCGGCAUCUGGAGACGUACAAAGCAAAAGACAGUACACGCUGAUACAUGUACACCAACAAUACAAAAGAGGAUCAGAUCUGAGAUUAUUGCCCUAACAGCUAAAAUGCAUCAAAUGCACCUGCGGGAUUACAGAUGUGUUAUGUUUUAACACUGUCUUGUUUAUUAAGUAAAGUGUGUUUUUUUGCUGAAAGAGAGGUUGUUCAUUUCAUUCCCAUGAACAUCAGCUGUAAUAUCUUCAAUCAAUCUUGUCUAAGGAGAUUCUACUGUAAAUGGUUUAUCAGUUCAAAAACUGUGCCUUUACACAGCCUAUGACUUCUGACUGUCAAGUGCUCAAUAAAUCAACUCACUUUUCA